AUGCCAGGACCACCUGGCAACGAAGCUCGUGGUUCUUCACCUGGUCCACCUGGACCAGAAGGACCUCCCGGAUUACCCGGAAUGCAGGGUUCAGCCGGUAGUCCAGGACAGCCUGGUGGCCUUGGAAGAGACGCCAACUACUGUCCUUGCCCACGUCGUGGUGGAGCCCGCGUUACUCGUGAUAAGGUUCGUGUUACUCGCGACAAGGAUGCCAAGCCUGUUGACAAGAAGAAGAAGAAGCGUGUCGCCGCCUAA